AUGGUCAUGCCUUUGCAAAUGCUGGCCCUGCAUGUUCAAGGUGAUUGUGAAGGGACGUCUCUGACAACUCUUUGUGAUUCAGAGCAAGAAGAAGAGGAGCUUGAUUCUUCCCUUCCUGUGAGUUCAGAUGUAGUGCCAUCUUCAAACAAGCAAAGUAAGAUAAUAUGCCCGAUAUGUAACAAAUACUUCCCAAUCCAGAACAUUGAGUUCCACGCUAGUACCUGUGGAGCAAGUCGUGUAAGGAGCCCAGAUGCUGGACCUGAAAGUCCCCAUCAUCUGCCAGAACCAACACAAGAUCUAAUAGAUGACAUCUCAUGUGAAGAAGAUGUUCUGCGUUGGGUUGACUCAAAAGUUAAGAGGGGGAAGACCUUUGAAAUUUGUGUCUGGAGGGACAACAUGACGGAGAGAGGUCUAAAGCUUUGGCAGCGGCAGAAGACUGGAGGCCCAGCAAACGCAUUAAAAAUCACCUUCAUGGGAGAAGCUGGCAUCGACACCGGGGCAUUAAGAAAGGAGUUCCUGUCUGAUUCAGACUCUGUGGAGGUGAAGGUGGUGUUUGGUGUUGAGGGAAACUCCUCGUUCCUGGAGUGCGUUCCUCGGUCGCUGCAGGCUGAGCUCAGCUGGACGGUGCAGCUGUCAGAGAGCCAGCAGGAAACUGUCAGACAGGUGUGUAGUGCAGACCAACACCUCAGGUCUGACCUUUAACCCCCGUUUACCUGCUUCCACCAAGACUUUCUCCAUGACAUUAGAUCUGGUUAAAUUAACCUCCUUUGCUGCAGAUGAUGUCCUGAAACCUACAAGAUUUAUUGUGUUUAAUGUUGUUGCUGUUCUGAUCCAAAGAGGUCAAAGUUGCCUUUAAAUGAAGGAUUCUACUUUGGUUAUUUAGAAAUGAAAGAAAAGCUUUUAAUAAAUAAUCUAAAGUAAA